AUGGCUAAUAUAGAGGGAGGGGGAGAAACCAGCCUCCACCAAGGCGACCAAGAAGAGCCUCCUGGAGACAGCCCAAGCAUGACGAGGGGAAGAAGAUCAGAUCAAUGUGACAUUCCCAUCGGAAAAUGGCUGGGGGAUGCCUCCAAGAGGAAAGCCACAGGACUUGGUCCAGCAGUGCAGGAAAAAGGUUGUAGGUCUGGCUAUUCCCAGUGGAAGCUGCUUGCAGAUGUUCCCUCCGCUGUCUGUGUGGAACACACUAACAGCCCUAGGAAAAGUAAGAAGGGAGAGGAAGACAGCUGCACGCAGGUAACUCCAUCUGUUUACACCCAGGAGAUGUUACAGUCUACAGAGGAGCGUCUAGCUAACAGCAAUGAGGUGCAACCACCCCGUAUCCUGGAACUGCUUGACAUGAGCAUGACGACACAUCACAAAUUGUCAUUGGUAGAUAUGGAUCAGCCUCUCUUCCAGCCCUUCCCAUCCGAGCUUGUCUUCCAGAACUUCACUCCUACACAAACCUACAAGUUACCUCUACUUCUACUCAACAAUGACAAGGUUUCACGACAAGUGAAGGUGGAGCAGCAGGACUCAGAGUAUUUCCAUGUGGUUGGUCCAGAGGAUGCAGGGAGCAAGGUCGCACCAGGAUUGUCUGCCACCUUCACUGUUUACUUCACUCCACAGGAAAACAAGGACUACCACCACAGUCUAGUUUGUGUGACGGAGAGAGAGCGGUUUGAGGUCCCAAUCUGCGCCAUUGGGCCACGUGCCAUUCUAGACUUCCGUGAUGAGUUCCAUUUACCUGUCUGUCCAGUAAAAACUUCCACACAGAGGACUCACCUAGUCCGCAAUAUAGGAAACAGUGAGGCCAAGUUCACACUUAGCACACAGAGGCCUUUCUCAGUGACGCCCUCUGCUGGAACCCUGGAAGUAGGAGAGGGCAUGCAGGUGACAGUGGAUUUUAACCCCAUGACUAUAGGAGACCACAGCCAGGACCUACUUCUGCACUAUCAUACUGGUGAAGAUGUUUACAUUGGCUUGUAUGGGGCUUGUGAGGAGGUGAACAUCCAGCUUGACCAUGACUUUGUCCUGUUGCAAAAGACUUACGUUUCCCUGGCAAGCGUACACACAGUGUCCCUCAUCAACAGCAGUGGUAUACCUCUAAAAUACUGUUGGACAACAUGGCCCAGCCUGCAAGAGGAGGCCCUGAGCUUAUUGAGGGACAGCUCAAUGCUGAAGCAGAAGGAGGAGGAGGAGGAGGAGACAGAGCGAUUACUUUAUCAGUGUGAGUCCGAUCCGACAGAGAUCCAUCGCCUCCCGCUGCUGUCCAGAGCUUUGCAGGAACUCAGGAGCCAGGCUGUUAAGGACCAUCUUCUGGCCCUCUCACACAGCUGCAUAACUGUGGAACCAGCGGAGGGUGAAAUAUGGCCCAACAUGACAGCACAGUUCAGCAUUGUCUUCAAGCCAGAGGAGGCCAAAGUGUACCAACAAACCAUUUAUUGUGAUGUCGCAGGCCGUGAAUCUCGUCUACCUCUUACAAUAAAGGGUGAGGGCUUGGGACCUAAACUCCAGCUCAACUAUGACCUAAUGGACAUGAAAAACAUUUUCAUUGGUGACAAAGACAAUUAUGAGGUGCUGGUGUCUAACACAGGACUGACUGAUGCACCUUUCCAUUUCUCGAGCUCCGACACCACUUUUGGACGCUGUUUCUCCUUCAGCCCUGAGGAAGGUGUUGUUCCCUCUGGGGCCAGCCAGAUUGUGAUGGUGACCUUCCACAGUCGAGUCUUGGGAACUUUUUCUGAAGACUUGCUGCUAACUGUCACAGGACAGCCUCAGCCACUUACUUUGACCUUCAGGGGUUGCGUCAUCGGUCCAACAUUCCAUUUCAACAUUUCAGAGUUCAAUUUUGGAGAUGUAGCCUUUGGUUUCCCACAAACAUUGAUUUGUACCCUCUUCAACACCUCCUUUGUGCCCAUGACCUUUGCCCUGCGUGUCCCCGGAGAUGGAUCGGGGUUUCACAGCAUGACUUGUUCCAAUUGGCAGGGCAGCAACACUAGAGACCUGCGUGCAAAUCCUGCAGAGUUCACCAUCAGCCCUACAGCAGGGUCUGUGCGUGCUAUGUCAGAUGUCACCAUUAAGUUGAUGCUGUGCUCCAACACAGUCAAGAGAUACAGGCUGGCACUGGUGGUUGAUGUUGAGGGUGUCGGUGAGGAGAUCAUGACUGUGCCCAUAAAUGCCAGAUGUGUUGUAUCUGAUAUUCUUGUGGAGACUCCAAAGUUGGACUUCCAAAGGUGUUUCCUUGAUCAACUCUAUGAACUGCAAGUGCGACUGACCAACACCAGCUCUCUGCCAGCAUGUUAUGGCGUGCUUGACCAGGAACAUGAAGAGAGUCCAUCAGUGGUUUUUGGUAGUUCUACACCCAGAGGUGUUAUUCUUCCUUAUCGCUCAGAGGAGGUUCCUGUGUUCCUGCUGGCUAAGGCUGUUGGAAGACUGCAUCACACUCUACGCAUUGCAGUGUUUGGCAGCAUCCAGCCUCCACUGGUAGUGCCCUUGUCAUGUAUUGGGCAGGGACCGAUAGUUCAUGUUCAGAACCCUCAGUUGAAUUUCGGAAUAAUCCCUGUUCUGACAGACAUUACCAGAGCCCUGCACCUGUCAAACCAGUCACCUAUUCCAGCCCACUUUACAGCACGAGUGAAAUUCCAUAAAAAGCCCUUUUGGCGGGUUGAGCCCAGCGAGGGGGUAGUGCCACCAGAAAGCCAGCUGGAGCUUAAGGUAGUGGCUCACCUGAAGGACACUCUUAUUUUCCAGGCCAGGCUGGAAGUAUCCAUCCAGGACAGUCAAACACACACUAUCCCUCUGAUUGCCACAGGCACUGGCACUACAAUUGUUAGUGACAGGCCUUUUGCUCCCAGCCUUGAGCUAGGCACAUAUUUAAGCCAUGAGACAUGCCAAUACCACUUCAAACUGACCAACCAUGGCCAGCGAGGACACCGGCUUUAUUGGAGUAUUGAAGGCUUCCUGCCUUCCACAAAAACUCGCAAGGGGGCUAACUUGUCUGGCCAAACCAGGCUGCCCCCUAUCUCUGCUCCCAGAAAGAAGGACACUGUGGAUCAGGCAUCUUUGCUUCCUAGCAGAGAGCUCUCUGUGUUCAGCCUCAGUCCUGACCGAGUGGAGCUUCUCCCAGGAUGCUCUCUGGACAUGAUGCUGACAGGAUCUUCAGACUCACCCAAGGAUGUAAGGGAGCGUUUGGUGUGCCGUGGCAUUGUGGGUCACCAGGGCUGUAAAGAGCACAUCAUGUCUGUAGAUGUUACCUGUCGCUUUGUGGCUCCUAUGCUCAGCUUUUCUUCCAAGCAUCUGAACUUCUACAUAGAGAAGGUCCCUGGAGAGAAUCUGAUACCCCUGUAUGAGAAGCUGAUCUUGAAGAAUGUGUCCUCUCUGUCUCUAUCUAUCGAGCUCUCAACUGUAGAGCCGUUCUCUCUGUGUGAGGUCCAAGGAGCCCACAGCUCAGUGACUACUAAGUCCUUGGCCUUUGGUGAUGGAGGGCAGGCUGAGCUGUGGAUAAGCUUUAAUCCAGUUUACUGUCAUGAUCGGGUGUCACGAGUCGUGGAUCAGUUCCUUGAGGUACACUACCAGGGACACCCUCAGCAAGACAUGGUGGAGCUGCAUGCUGAGGUCCACUUUCCCAACCUCCACUUCCCCUCCACAACAGUGGAUUUUGGCUGUGUGCUUAACUGCACAGAGACUCAGAGAGUAUUCUCAAUCACCAACUGCUCCCCACUGCCUGUGUCCUACCAGUGGGCUUUCCUGGAAGACCACAAGCACGGCACCAUCAGCCCCAGUCCUGAUGCAAAUGAACCGAGCAGCGCAGAGAGAACACCACGUGUGGAAGAGGUGUUUGAUGUCUUACCAAUAUAUGGUCAUCUGCAACCUGGGGAUGAGCAGCUGGUUACAUUCUCUUUCUAUGGCCACAAAAAUGUCAGCAGAGAGUUGAUAGCGCAGUGCCAUGUAGAGGAGGGGCCUACAUAUGAAAUCACACUCAGAGGAGAAGCAUCAGUUAUCAGCUACAGCCUUGACACUACCCACGUUGGCUUUGGUCUGCUGCUUUUCGAUCAUGUAGGGGAGGCUGAGGUUACCCUAAGAAAUACUGGCAAGAUUGGCUUCAAGUUCAGCAUCAUUGACCUUCAAAGGGAGGAUGAGGAGGAGGCAGAUAAAGAGGCAAAGGGAUGGAUGAAGGCCCUGGAAGAGGUUGAGCAGCAGCAAGAUGCACAGAAACAAAAAGACAAUGAGGAAAAUGAGACAGGACAGGAGGUCAGGCCCGGCCAGCCAAUGGUCAUCCCCAACAUGGGUUACAUUGAUGCUGAUGCAGAGCAAUGCUUGCGUGUUCUCUACCUCCCGGGAGUUCCUGAGGUGUUUGAGAAGCGGCUUCAGCUGCAGGUGGCUUUCCUGCCACCACAGGAGAUCACUCUUACUGGAGAGGGAGUGUUUCCAAGGAUCAGCCUCAACUUGCCACAGAAUCUUUCAGAGGAGUGCUACAGUGAUGUGGUGCAGCAGGCCAGAGCAGCUGUGGAGGCAUAUAGAAUCAGAGAGGAGGGUAUGAACGGCCAUACCACUGAUGGAGGAGAAGCAACUACAGAGGACUCUGGCACUCUCACCUAUGAAGAGCUGCUUCACAUGGAGGUCGAGAAAGCACUGGUCAAACAGAAUGCUCUCACUCUGACUGAUAGCCUGCUGGAGCUCAGUGACUCACAGUGCUCCCCCAGAAAGUGGCAAAAACUCAGCAAGUUUGUGCUCCCAGAGUACGUCUUGGAUUUUGGUUUUGUAAUUCCAGGCAAAGUACUCAGUCACACUGUUCAUAUCACAAACACUGGGUCUGUCCCAGUGUCCUUCCAAGCCAACCUUAAAUGUCUAGCUGCCACAGGUUUCAGUGCAGACUUUGAAAGAGUGAAAAACCUGCCCUGCAGAGAGACAAACUCUUUCACAGUUAAAUUUGACCCCAAUGGAGCCAACCUGAAGAUGGGGGACACAAGUGUUGUCAUGCCAAUACAGGUUGCAGGCGGUCCAAUGGUUCAGGUGCGGCUGUGUGCAGCAGUGACUUUGCCCGCAAUCGCUGCUUCAACAGAUACUCUGCAGUUUGACACUUUGCAGUGUGGCAUGUGUCAGAUGAAGACAAUACAGCUGUCCAAUAAUGAGGCUGUGCCCUGCCACUGGAGCAUCACUGAGGAGGUGAAACCUUUCAGAAAGGUUGAUAAGUUUCUUCCACUCUACCAGCGCAAAAAAGCUUUGCAGGAGCAGCGACCACCGCCAGUGGUGUUUGAGAUGUUUCCAAGCUCAGGCAUACUGUCUCCUGGUGAACGUGUCAAUGUCCAGAUAAAGUUCAGCCCUGUUGAGGAGCAUUCCUACAACAGACAGCUUGUUGUCCAUGUGGCUAACAGCAACCAGCAGUUGUUCAUCAAAGCCUAUGGGCAGGCUGAGAAACCACGACUUGAGUUCUGCCCGCCAGUGCUGGAGCUGGAGCCUUGUCUGCCUCUCAGCACUGAAUCUGAAGCUGAGGUUAUAGUCAGAAACCCCUGCUCUUUUCCCAUUGAGUUCUACUCCCUGGAACUUGACAAUCAGUAUCUUGAGGAAGAAAAGAUCCUAUGUCUGAUGCAGGGUUAUGAUGAGAACAACACAUUACUGCUUCCCCCCAGGGCCCCUGGUGAAAGUCUCCCUAAAGAGUUGCUCGACUACUACAAGGAGUACAGUUCCCAACUGAAAGAUGAAGUCAUUUCAGAGAUUACAAGAGAGGGAAGCAGUGGGAGACUGGGGCAGCUUGAGAUGACACCUGUUUCCAGAGCAAUUGCUCGCCACAUGUGCAUUGACCUUUCAGCAGAGGGUCUGGCAGCACGCAACCGCAGAGGCAUUGCUAUUAUUGUGUAUGGAGCCCCACUGACAGGUAAAAGCAGGACAGCUGCUUCUCUGGCACGGCACUACGGAGGGACGUGUCUGAGUGUUGAUGCUGUGUUGAGACAAGCUCUGAUGAAUGGUACCUCUCCUGUUAGCCUGACUGCAAGACAGCUUUAUGACUGUGCUGCUGCCGAGUACGCUGAGAAAGUUGAGGAGGCUGCACAGACUACGAAAGGAACCACAAAAUUAGGACCUGCAGCCCAUUUUGAAGCCUCAGAUCCAUCUCCCAAUUCGGAUCCAGCUUCACAUGAUGCCGUAAAAGAUCCUAAAAAACCUGGUGAUGACAGCUGCAAUGACGCCCAGGCUCUUCAGGAGGCUGCAGUCUCAAGCUUCACCCUCUGCUUGGGAGGAGAUAUGACAACACUUAGUAGUCUUUUGCCUGAACAGCUACUGGCAGAUAUCCUGGCGGAAAGAUUUCAGCUAAGUGAUUGUUACCGUGGCAUAGUGAUCGACGGCCUACACUCUGUGUACACUCAAUCAGCAGCAACCACAUUACAAGUUGUUCUCAAGGCCCUGGAUAACCGUAAACACAUCUAUGCAGUCAACUUGUGUGACUCCUAUGUUGCUCUGAAAGCACGUGAGAGGGCACAGAAAGAAACCGAGGAGGCUCUGCAGAGAGAGAGAAGUUACAGAGAGGAGCAGUGGCUUAAGGAGCUUGAUGAAGAAGAAUAUGAUGCUCUGUCUGAGAAGGAAAAAGAGCUCAUUGACCUUCAACAAAUGCAGAAGUUAAAACAGCCCAAACUAAGGGAGCUAAAGCGAAUAAAGAAAGAGAAGGAAGAAAAGAGGCUGCAAGUGGAGAUGCAGAGGUUGAAAGAAGAAGAGCUGAAGAAGAAAAACAAAAAGUGUGGAAAGAAGGAUAGAAAAGAAGUGUCUCGGAAGAAGAGCUUGCUGGAGGGAAGGAAGUCAACAGAUUCACCAAAUGGAGGGAGAAUGUCUUCUUGUCACAACUCAAAAGAGUCUCUUGUGGACCAGAGGGAACAACAUAUUCCAAAUGAAGUGCAUCAUAGCAUAGAGGAAGAUGACUCACAAAAGCAGACAGCGGAGGCCAAAGAAGUACGAGAAGAGUCUCCUCAACUCACGAACAAGCUGGAAAAAGAAAAGUCCUGUGUGGAUGAGCUACAGACUCUGUUUAGUCUGUACGAGCAGAGCCAGGAACAGGUGGAGUACAUCCUACAGCACUGGGAUCGAGUUCAGGGCUUGUUACUGGUCCCAGAGACAGAUGAGACUGUUCCAGAAAAACAUACCCCUGUCUCUAAGAGGAGCAAGAAAGCCAAUAGUAAGGCUUUAUCGCCCAUGCCAUCACCAACUGAAGCAGACAAGACUGGAAACAGUGUGUCGGCACAGGACUUCAUCCCUCACAUUGUGCUAAAUGUAACAGGGAAAGACUAUCCAGAUGCUACAGAGCUGCUUAAUGGCAGAAUCCUGCCUCCACUAGUUGAGGUGUUAGAUGAUUUAGGGUUGGGACCCAGCGGGCCACCCAUCCCUCCUUCCACCACCUUGUCGAUAGUUCCAUUCCCCAAAAACAGGAAGCAGUCAAACAGUCAACUCAUCUGUGACUGUUUCACCUUCCUUGCUACCUCUGGGUUGGAUGAACAGGGUGAGGAGGAGAAGAAUUCAGAGGAUGAUGUACAGGUUGUAAAGGAGGAGACAUCUGUUAAAGGCCGCGGCAAGGGCAGCAAUAAGGAGAGCGCAUUAACCAAGGACAAGGAUAAAAAAGGAAGAGAGAGUCAGGAGAGCAAGAGACGGCCUUCACUGCAAGUCUCCCCUAGAUCUAGCAGCGCUGGACAGGAUCAACUACAAGGGAAUUUGGAGCUUAAACGCAGCCAGAGCCUGACAACAUUUCGCUGGGUUGUACCUGCCAACGGUACAGUGGUUCUGAAGAUCUGGUUCUACCCAGAGUCCCAAGGAAAAUAUGAGCAGAUCUUCAACUUUGAGCUUCUCGGGACCCAGAGAAACUACCAGCUGCUCUGCAGAGGACUGUGCACCUAUCCCUCUAUCUGCAAAGAUUACAAGAGUCUUUUUGCUCUCACUAAGAAGGUGCAACAGAUGGAAGAAGGGCUCCAGAAGUCAUAUGUCAUAAAACCUGGAUACUUUGAGUUUGGACCUUUGCUAUGUGGCAAGACCAGAGACAGAUACAAAGAAAAUCGGUAUCCAGAAAACAAAGAGAGACUUUUGAUUUAUAACAACUCAGGUACGGAGGCUGAAGUCGUGUUCAGUUUCCAGCAUGAUACCCAAGCCACCACGUAUUUACUCGACCCCCCAACCAUGACUCUCAAACCUGAUCAGAAAAAGGAGUUGACCGUGUGGGCCUACCCAACAAAAGUUGGACAAAUAAAGGACAGCCUAGUGUGCAGCAUCAAAGACAAUCCAGAGCCUGUCAUCAUAAACCUCUCCUGCUUAGGCGUUAGGCCAGAGCUGGAGCUGGAGCGCAAACAAUUUUACUUUGACAGGAUUUUGCCCCACAGGUGGGACAGCCGUAGUUUAAAAAUGCAUAAUAAGUCUGCUCUGCCUGUAUCCUGGAAACUGCAGGGAGUUGAGGAGUUGGGGGAUGAGUUCACUGUGCCACAGGAUCAUGGUGUCAUCUCACCUAACUCCUCCUUCGACCUGAUCUUGCACUUCAGGGCUCAGAAGCCUGUCUUGAUUAAGAAGAUCUUACGUCUAGAGGUAUCUGAUGUGGAGAAGAUUGUAGGAAUCCUACAAACUGAAAAUAUACAGGUCUCUGCUGAAGCCUAUAAUAUAACUCUGGACAUCUCACCAGAUGGCUGCUUAAACUUUGGAACAAUCAAAGUCUUUGACGAGGCCAAACUGACUCUAAGGUUGAAAAACAAAGAAAAAUAUGAAAUAGCCUACAAGUUUACGUGUCAGCGGACUGACCCGGCCCAGCCAAACCUAGACUCCAUGUUUACGGUGUCCCCCCAGAGUGGAUCUCUAAUGCCCCACCAGAAGCCAACAACAGUGCAGAUCACCUGCAGGCCUACUACAGAACUCUUACUGAAAGAUGAACCUGUCCUGCCUUGUGAGGUGAUCGAACCAAACAUUGGUAAGGUCGGAGAAACCAUAUCCAUCUUAGCCAUCAAGGUUUCUGUCCAGGCUCUCUUCUGCAGGUAUAAGAUCACACCUGCAUGUGACAUGAACUUUGGUCCACUGGUCCAUGGCUGCAAAAAAAGCCAGUUUCUUACUAUUGAGAACACUGGCGUCUUUGAGACCCAUUACACCAUCUCUCGCAUGACUAUGGAGCCUGCUCCACCAGGAAAGCCAGGUGAAAGCGGUCCAGGUAAAAAGAUGCUUCAAGAGAACCAUUCAGGGAGGCCCGCUGGUGCUAGUUGCAGAGAUAUGAGUCGUACUCAGAAUCGCCCCACCAUAGGUGCAUUCUCAGUGUCUCCGUGCACAGGAACACUGCAGCCUGGGUCUCAGCAGGUGGUGAUUGUGGACUGUCCCGCUGAUCAGCUGGGUAACUGGAGCCAGUUUCUGUACAUUGACAUCAGUGACCGUGACCCCUCAGACCAGCCUGAGGGCAUACAGUACAGACUGAUGGCAGAAGUCUGCAAGCCAGGCAUUGCUUUAGACACAGCGUCUAUCUUUGAAGAACACCAUCUGUGUUCCAACAGCAGUCAGCUCUCUUCUGAGCAGUUCUCUAAUGCUGAAGGUAUUUAUGUCCGAGAUGAGAACAAAUUCUUUUUCAACAAUGUCCUGGUUGGGCGAACUGCUAAGGCCUGCUUCAAACUCACCAACAACAGCAAGGUGCCCUGUAUGCUCCACUUGGCCAUCCGGUAUGUUUCUGCAAAGACACCCCGUACCAUGAAGUGUUUUGAUUUGUCUGCUACAACACUGAGCAUUCCCAGCCAGUCACACUCGUUCGCUGAGGUCACCUUUACACCACAGACGAUGCAGCUCUACAGUGCUGUCUUUGAGGCUACUAUAGAGGGAAUCAGCAGGUCCAGAAUGACACCGACAUUCAAGAGCAAGGUGCUGGAGUUUGACCUAAUGGGAGAGGGAAAUCUCCCCAGUAUGUGUGUGGUACGCCCAGCUCUGAGGAACAACCAAGGAAGCCCAAUGCUGCACUUCAGGAGGGUACUGGCAGGACGUAGACAUACCCUUCCUCUGGUGUUGCUAAAUGAUGGAAAUGUUCCAGCUAAGAUCCUGAUUGACAUGCUGGAUAAACAUCAAGUGUUCACCCUCAGACCUGCACCUGGCAACACUCAAAGCUCUGUUCACUCCACAAUGAUCGAGGGCCCCACACAUUCAGAGAAUCAGUUGGUGCACAGAGCCAGCCUGAGGCUGAAGGUUAACGAGCGUGCAGAGUUUGAUGUCAGUUUUUGCUCUGACAAGACCCUGAGUGUCAAGGCCAAGAUGUCACUGCAGGUGGAGGACAACCAGUACAGCAACAUCAUAAUAACAGUGACAGGAGAGGCUUACCAGGAAAUUGUCUCACUUGACAACAUCAGCAGGCCAAUCCAGGAGACAGAUCAGGAAGAUGAGGCGGGAGGUUAUUAUGAGGAGCUGAAUCUUGGUGACUGUCAUGUAGGCACUCCCCACCAAGAGAGUUUCACCAUGACCAACCACAGCAGCAGCAAGGUUGUGAGGUUUGAGUGGCCCCCUGCUGGACCCCAUGUCUUCUUUUCACCACAGGUGGGUCACCUUCAUGCUGGUUGCUCUAAGGAAGUGACUGUCACGUUUAGCUCCAAUCAGCCGGUAACUUUGACCAGCCAACCAAUGAAAUGCAAGCUUUGUCAGAUUGAGUUCCAGCAGCCUUUAGAGCAGGUGGCUGACUGGGACGACCGGCAGAGGACAGUGAAGUGGCUGAAUUCGACCAGGCAAGAAACACCACAGCAGCCUGUUAAAAACAAGGUGAUUAAGACAGAUCCUGAGCCCUGCUGCACCGUGGUUGACGGCUCUCAGUGGGAGAUGGAAUUGCGUAUCACUGCAGUUUGUGACUAUGUGAAGUUCAGCUGCAAAAUUGACACUAUUGAUUUCAAAGAUACCAUGCUGUACCAAACCAGGCUACACCAACUGCCAAUAGUGAAUCGAGGCACUGUCAAGCUGGACUUCACCUGGAAAGUCCUCAUGGAUCCUAGAAACAGUGGGGACCAAGGAGAUGGGAACCUCACCUCUCGACAAGGGAGUAGGUCAGUGGGUGUGGUAAGUGGAGCCCGUCCCUCCAGCGCUCUUGCCAGUGUAAUGUCUCUGAUGAUAGGGAAUCCUGAGCUUUCCCCCAUCAGUAUUGAACCCAGAAUAGGGGCCAUACUGCCUGGUGCUAUGGAACAUUUCAGCAUUCGCUUUUCACCUCUGGAGGUGGCUCAAUUUCAGGGCAGCCUGAUUUGCAGUAUUCCCAACCUGCAGGAAGGUGAUCAGGCUCCUUGUAUCUCAGUGAGUGGCCGCAGCCUGUUUCCCCACUACCACUUCGACUUGGAGGAUUCCAACUACAUCAACUACUGCCACCCUGAAUUAAGGGCCCAUCUAGAACCUAACACCAGGGUCAUAGAGAUUAAUGCGGUUGGCUUCUCUGCCCCAUCAACAAGAUGUUUGAACGUGGUGAACCCAACCAGUAAGCCUUACUCUUUCAAGUGGAGGUGUGAAGACACAGGUGACAGCCCAUUCUGCUGCCUCACUCCAUAUGGAAUCAUCAUGCCUGGGAAGAAAGUGGAAAUGCGUUUUGAAUAUGUAGCUGAGCAACUGGACGUGGUGGAGUCAUUCUGGAGCUUUCUGAUUGAGACUCUGUCGUUGUCUGUCCCCUUCCUGUGUGUUGGCACUGCCAGAGAACCAGUUGUCUAUCUCAGCAGACCUCAUAUUGACUUUGGAGAAGUCCUUGUUGGUCGCAAAAUGGAACAGACAGUUGAUCUGGUGAAUGGAGAGGAUGAACCUUUCCACUUCUCUGUCCUGCAGUCAUCUCUCAUCAGUGACGAUCAGGAGUCCACCCUCAUUUUGAAGCCCAUGACUGGAACAUUGGAACCCAAAGACAGGUUGCCUUUGUCAGUAUCCUUCACACCUUGCUGGGAUGGCUGUGUGAGCUUCAGAUUGGUUCUGAGGGCAAAGAGGAAGUCAGAGCCACUUACAUUGACAGUGAAGGCCAGUUGUUUCACCAUUUCCGUUCAAGUUGAAAAGCCAGGCGGGGGUCUCAGAGAGAUCAAACCUAACCAACAAGAAUCUCUGGACUUUGGAGAGGUGGAGAUUUUGGAGCAAUCAUUUGUUAAUCUGAUGGUGUCCCAUCCGGCAAAAUUCAGUCUGGAGAUGAACUUUGACCUUACUGGUCCCAGCGAACUGCUUCAGCAUUUGGAGGCAAAACCACAACAUGCUACUCUUGAGUUUGGAAAAAGGCUACAGUCCUCACUCUUUUUCAGCCCCCAGAGCAUUUGUAACCUAGAGGACGUCAGACUGAGUGUAAAGGUAAAGCAUGGACCAGCAUUUAUCUUCAACAUAAAAGGCAGGGCUGUAGCACCCAGCCUUCAAUUUUCCUUCAACAAGUACAACUUUGGCAAGUGCUUUCUAUACAGUCCUGACACAGUGCCGGCCUCACAGACUCUAGUGAUAAGCAACAAAGGCGAAAGGGACAUUAGUAUCCAGUGCAAGUACAAGAAUACCUCUUACCUGGAGAUUGACUUCAAACAUGAUAUUUUGUUCCCUGGUGCUGUGAUGGACAUACCAGUCAGGUUCUAUCCCCGUGAGGCUGUCCGUUACCAUGACAAGCUCAUCUUCAUCUUAAACAGCGGUGUCACAAAACAAGUGGACAUAUUGGGGCAAGGCGUUGAGAGGAGGUUGGAGGUGGAAGAUCCCAAGCAAAGGAAAGUGAAACUAGGAUCUUUGAUGAUUGGUCAGAAGGUGAAAAAACAAGUGGUUCUGGUGAACCGCAGCGCUUUAGAUAUUUCCUUUACUCUGCUGCUCAGCACAAACACAUCGUUGGACCAAAAGUAUCUGUUGUUCAGUCCUGCAGGUGAGCUUAGCCUGAAAGCCAGAGGUGGUUCAUGUAAUGUUGAGAUCCAGUUCUCACCAAACCAGCACAUACCCCCCUUCAGCGCUGAGCUGCAGGCCCAGUUUCCAGGCCUGUUGCACCCCCUGCUGACCAUCCAGGGCAGCUGCAAGGUUGUGGAGGUCCAGCUGGACCAGGACCACUUAGCCUUUGGAGCUGUUGUCCAGGGCUGCCAGGCCAGGAAAAAGAUAGUUAUGAUGAACUCUGGGGACAUUGGAGCCAGAUUCCACUGGAAGACGGACAGUUUUCCUCAAGAUCUGUCCAUUGCACCAGCUAAAGGCUAUAUCUCUCCAGACAAGGAGGUCCUUUUUGACGUGACCUUUAGCCCCGUAGAACUGAGUAAUGACACAAGAUAUGAGAACGUGUUCUGCUGUGUGGAGGGCUUCUCCUCCCCUGUUACCUUUACUGUGACAGGAUCUUGCAUCGUAGCUUCCACCAGCAAAGAGGUGGUGAAUUUUGUUUGCCCAGUGCGUGGCUCUCACACACUGACUCUUCCAGUGUUCAACCCCACAAGCCAUCACUGCAGCAUCAGGCCCGUCAUUGAGGGUGAACAGUGGACUGCUAAGCCCUCUGUGACCAUGGAACCUUUUCAAAACAAGACCUGCAAGAUCACCUACAAACCACUGACUAUGACUGCUGAUAAAAAGAAACACUUGGGAUCAGUCUUUUUCUCCUUCCCUGAUGGGAGCGGUAUGCUGUACACUCUACAGGGAACUGCUGAGCCUCCCAAGGCAGAGGACACCUUUCUGCAUGAACUGCCAGCCAAGACUCACCACACACUGAUGCUCCCAGUACACAACUGGCUCUCCAAGCAACAGCGAUUUCGUGUGCUGAUGGAGAUUCUGAAACCUGACAAGACAGAUGCCACAAUGUCCCUCAAGGGUCUUGAAUACAUUGAUGUCCCUGCCUUGACCAAACGGGACUACAAGAUGUCUUUCUUUGCUUACAAAGAGGGGCACUUCAACACCAAGGUGACAUUUAGUAACGUGACCUCCGGUGAGUAUUUGUUUUACCUUGUAACAUACAAGGUUACAUCUCCAGGAGUUUUGUCUGAAAUAAAGCUGGAGACAGCGGUCCGUCGGACAGCCUUGGCCACUGUGGAGGUGGAGAACCCCCUGACCACAGCUACCUGCCUCAGCACUGAGUGUAACUGUCCCGACAUCAGUGCUCCAACCCAGCACACGGUGCCAGGACAGUCCAAGAGUUCUCUGAGCUUUGAGUACAAGCCCCUGCGUGCAGGCAGGUCUACAGCCCGGCUGACUCUCAGUAGUAAUGAUCUGGGCUACUUUCACUACGAUCUGGUCCUCAAAGCUCUGCCCCCUCCACCUGAGAAAACUGUCCAUUUCAACACUUGUCUGGGCAGCAGCCACUCUGUUCCCAUUAAAUUCAUCAACUACUCUCACUUCAAAACUGAGUACUCAUGCAAGACUGAUUGCCCGGACUUCAUAGUGGAAGAGAAAGUUGGUGCGUCUCCGGGUUCCCAUGCGGGGUCAGAGGCCAGCAUGGAAGUUUGUUUUGAACCGCAUCAGCUGGGAGAAGUAAGAGGCCAGCUCAGCCUGGCCUCAGGAAUUGGGGGAGAAUACAUCUUUCCCUUACAUGGGAUCUGCCACUCUCCCAAACCCCAGGGCCCAUUUAGCAUCAAGGCGGGUCGCAACAUCACUAUACCCUUCAAGAAUGUGUUCCUGCAGACCACUGCUUUCUCUUUCCAGGUUGACAACCCCUGCUUCACGGUCAAAGAAGUGGACACCAUUGUCUCCAAAAAGACCUACAACAUCCUGAUCUCCUUUAGUGCCACUUCAAGAGGCUCUGCAGGGCCUUGGUUUGGCAAGCUGACCAUCUCCAGCCAGCGUUCUGAAGGCCACAGCAAGCCCUGUUCUUGGGUCUACUACCUGAGGGGCUACCGCCCAGAGUCAUCAUAGAGCGAUGUUAAUGCACACUUUACACAUGUAGUCGUCUGUGCACACACACCCAAAAGAAAAGCUCAUGCCAAAAGAGAGUUGUAGACGGCUUAUUUAUUUACGCUUGAACCCUAACUUUGUAAGCCAUAAUAACAAAUAGGGGCAAUUGUGUCUAAUGUGUCUAAUGUGUCUAAUGAUUUCAACACUUUUUGUCCUUUCUUUUUUUAGUUCAAUAAAUUAUACUAGGUGUAUGUGACAAAUAUAUGGGGGGGGGGGGUUGCAGUGAAGUCAUGUAACAUUGGAGGUGGGGAGUGGAGGCUUUUUUCUUUCUCCCCCUAUAUAUUCUCUGAAAGGUUAAUAACAAAACAACAUUUAACUUUCAGUGUUGACGCCCAAUUAAUAUUUGUAAGAGGAAAGAAACAAGCGGUGGUAAGAUGUGCAUUAGAACAAGGGAGACAUUUAAGACUUUGGCAAUAAUUGUUAAAGCAUGCAGGGACCAACUCAGCUUAUAUCCAGUGACUUGCAAACAUCGCUUCACGUCUUAUAAUCGGAUUACUUUUGAGUGUUGGGAUGAGUUUCCAAAAUUGAAAAAAAAUAAAGAAAUACCCAAGAUCACAAGGCCCUGUCCUGCUGCAGAUAAAUCUGACAAAAGCCACAGCCUGGGGUCACAUUGGGUUUUAAUACCAAAGAUUGAGGCACAGCAGUAACAGUAACAUUGUUAUAGCUUUACAACCAGAUUCAUAAAAAGAAUUAAACUGUCUAAGACUUCACAUUACGCACGGCCUUCAGACAUUUCCAAUCAAAUCAGCAUCCAUCAACCAUACAUUUAAAUAAUAACAUUAUUAUAUAAAAUACGUUAUUAUAUUGUUCAGUCAUUUGACAAAAAGUUCCUUUUCUAUGCACAUUCACUCGUAAACUUCAGAAUGUCGUUAUGAUUGUGAAAAUUAGAAAGUUGUUUAUUAAUCACUAAUGAUCAUCUCUUCAUCAACACAUUAGAAACUCCUGAGUGCUCAACAAAGCUACAGGACUUCUCAUUUGUUGUGUUUUAUUCCUUUAAAGGGAUAUUAUUCUUUAAAUAAAAACAUAGUCCAAAAGUAAAUGGUUCUCCGACAUCAAGGGAAAGCGGUGACAUUUUAUAAAAUAUACAGCAUACGCUUAAACCAAAAUGUUUUUAGAUGUAGAAUUUUAAAAAUGUUUCUCAUGAGCCAGUGUAAUAGUUAUGCUUCCUGCUGUGCUGCUGUCCUCUACAGUACUUAGUACACUCACUUUGAUAAGUACUUCAUACAACCCCUAUUAAAAAAACACAA